AUGGUCUCUUCCACUCUGGACGCAUCAUCUGAGAUGGGACAUCAGAGAUCUCACGUGAGGGAGUUGCUUUUUUCCUGUUCUGAGUGCGGGAAAUGUUUUUCAGAUAAGUCCAGUCUUUCCAUACAUCAGAGAUCUCACACGGGGGAGAAGCCUUUUUCCUGUUCUGAGUGCGGAAAAUGUUUUUCACAGAAGUCCCAUCUUUCCACACAUCAGAGAUCACACACGGGGGAGAAGCCUUUUUCCUGUUCUGAGUGCGGAAAAUGUUUUUCACAGAAGUCCAGUCUUUCCACACAUCAGAGAUCACACACGGGGGAGAAGCUAUAUUCUUGUCCUGAGUGUGGGAAAUGUUUUGCACAUAAGUCCCAUUUUUUCACACAUCAGAGAUCUCACACGGGGGAGUUCCCUUUUUCCUGUUCUGAGUGCGGCAAAUAUUUUUUAGAUAAGUUUACUCUUUCCAAACAUCAAAGACUUCACACGGGGGAGAAGCCACAUUCCUGUCCUGAGUGUGGGAAAUGUUUUUCAAAGAAGUCCAAUUUCAACAGGCAUCUAAGAUCUCACACAGGGGAGAAGCCUUAUUCCUGUCCUGAGUGCGGGAAAUGUUUUUCAGACAAGCGCAGUCUUAACAUCCACCAAAGAUCACAUACGGGGGAGAAGCCUUAUUCCUGUCCUGAGUGCGGGAAAUGUUUUUCACGGAAGUCCGAUCUUUCCAAACAUCAGAGAUCUCACACGGGGGAGAAGCCUUAUUCCUGUCCUGAGUGCGGGAAAUGUUUUUCAAAUACGUCCCAUCUUUCCACACAUCAAAGAUCACACACGGGGGAGAAGCCUUUUUGCUGUUCUGAGUGCGGAAAAUGUUUUUCAAAGAAGUGCCAUCUUUCCACACAUCAGAGAUCGCACACGGGGGAGAAGCCUUAUUCCUGUUCUGAGUGCAGAAAAUGUUUUUCAAAGAAGUACCAUCUUUCCACACAUCAGAGAUCUCACACGGGGGAGAAGCCUUAUUCCUGUCCUGAGUGCAGGAAAUGUUUUUCUGAUACGUCCGUUCUUUCCAGACAUCAGAGAUCACACACGGGGGAGAAGCUACAUUCCUGUCCUGAGUGCGGGAAAUGUUUUUCACAGAAGGCAAAUCUUUCCAGACAUCAGAAAUCUCACACAGGGGAGAAGCCCUUUUCCUGUUCUGAGUGUGGUAAAUGUUUUUCAGAGAAGUCCGAUCUUUCCAAACAUCAGAGAUCACACACGGGGGAGAAGCCUUUUUCCUGUUCUGAGUGCAGAAAAUGUUUUUCAGAGAAAUCCAAGCUUUCCGCACAUCAGAGAUCACAUACAGGGGAGAAGCCACAUUCCUGUCCUGUGUGCGGGAAAUGUUUUUCAGAGAAAUCCAAGCUAUCCACACAUUUGAGAUCACACGGGGGAGAAAAGCCUUUUUCCUGUCCUGAGUGCGGGAAAUGUUUUUCACAUAAGUCCAAUCUUUCCACACAUCAAAGAUCUCACACGGGGGAGAAGCCUUUUUCCUGUCCUGAGUGCGGGAAAUGUUUUUCACAUAAGUCCAGUCUUUCCACACAUCAGACAUCACACACGGGGGAGAAUCUUUUUUGCUGUUCUGAGUGUGGAAAAUGUUUUUCAAAGAAGUCCAAGCUUUUUAUACAUCAGAGAUCACACACGGGGGAGAAGCCGUAUUCCUGUCCUGAGUGCGGGAAAUGUUUUUCACAUAAGUCCAGUCUUUCCACACAUCAAAGAUCUCAUACGCGGGAGAAGCCGUAUUCCUGUCCUGAGUGGGGAAAAUGUUUUUCAGAUAAGUCCAAUCUUUUCAGACAUCAGAAAUCUCACACGGGGGAGAAGCCUUUUUCCUGUUCUGAGUGCGGGAAAUGUUUUUCACAUAAGUCCAGUCUUUCCUCACAUCAGAGAUUACACACGGGGGAGAAGCUUUUUUCCUGUUCUGAGUGCGGGAGAUGUUUUUCAGAGAAGUCCAAGCUUUUUAUACAUCAGAGAUCACACAUGGGGGAGAAGCCGUAUUCCUGUCCUGAGUGCGGGAAAUGUUUUUCACAUAAGUCCAGUCUUUCCUCACAUCAGAGAUUACACACAGGGAAGAAGCUUUUUUCCUGUUCUGAGUGCGGGAAAUGUUUUUCACAUAAGUCCGGUCUUUCCUCACAUCAGAGAUCUCACACGGGGGAGAAGCUUUUUUCCUGUUCUGAGUGCGGGAAAUGUUUUUCAGAGAAAUCCUGUCUUUACAGACAUCAGAAAUCUCACACAGGGGAGAAGCCGUAUUCCUGUCCUGAGUGCGGGAAAUGUUUUUUAGAGAAAUACAAGCUUUCCAGACAUCAGAGAUCUCACACGGGGGAGAAGCCGUAUUCCUGUCCUGAGUGACAGACUGUGUGGGACGGUGCCGGACCAUCGUAUUCCUCUUAUCCUGAGGAACCUCAGACUGUGCGGGACGGUGCCGUUUUUCCAACAGAUAAGAAGUUUCCUUGUACUAAGUGCGGGAAGUGUUUCCAUUCUAAAUACCAUUUUAAUGAGCAUAAAAGAUUUCACACGGGGGAGAAGCCGUAUUCCUGUUCUGAUUGCGGAAAAUGUUUUUCACAGAAGUCCAAUCUUUUCACACAUCAGAGAUUUCACACGGGGGAGAAGCCUUUUAGCUGUUCUGAGUGUGGAAAAUGUUUUGCAGAUAAGUCCUAUUUUUCCAGACAUAAGAGAUCACACACGGGGGAGUUUCCUUUUACCUGUUCGGAGUGCGGGAAAUGUUUUUCACAGAAGUCCAGUCUUUCCACACAUCAGAGAUCACACACGGGGGAGAAGCCUUUUUCCUGUCCUGAGUGCGGGAAAUGUUUUUCACAGAAGUCCUAUCUUUUUAUACAUCAGAGAUCUCACACGGGGGAGAAGCCUUUUUCCUGUUCUGAUUGCGGGAAAUGUUUUUCGCAGAAGUCCAAUCUUUUCACACAUCAGAGAUCUCACACGGGGGAGAAGCCAUAUAUAUGUCCAGAGUGUGGGAAAUGUUUUUCAGAGAAGUCCAGUCUUUCCAAACAUCAGAGAUCACACACGGGGGAGAAGCCAUAUUCCUGUUCUGAGUGCGGGAAUUGUUUUUCAGUGAAAUCCAGUCUUUCCACACAUCAGAGAUCACACACAGGGGAGAAGCCUUUUUCCUGUUCUGAGUGCAGGAAAUGUUUUUCAGAGAAGUCCAGUCUUAACACACACCAGAGAUCUCACACGGGAGAGAAGCCAUUUUCCUGUCCUGAGUGCGGGAAAUGUUUUUCACAGAAGUCCGGUCUUAAAACACAUCAGAGAUCUCACACGGGGGAGAAGCCAUUUUCCUGUCCUGAGUGUGGGAAAUGUUUUUCACAGAACUCCAAUCUUUCCACACAUUUGAAAUCUCACGCUGGGGAGAAGCCGUAUUCCUGUCCUGAGUGUGGGAAAUCUUUUUCAGCUUUGUUCAAUUUAUAUACACAUCAGAGAUCUCACACUGGGGAGAAGCCUUAUUCGUGUCCUGAGUGCGGGAAAUCUUUUUCAGCUUUGUUCAAUUUAUAUACACAUCAGAGAUCUCACACAGGGAAGAAGCCGUACUCCUGUCCUGAGUGUGGGAAAUGUUUUAUAAUUUAUUCCCAUUUUUACAGACAUCAGAGAUUGCACACGCGAGAGAAGCCGCAUUCCUGUCCUGAGUGCGGGAAAUGUUUUUCACAGAAGUCCAGUCUUACCAUACAUCAGAGAUCUCACACUGGGGAGAAGCCGUAUUCCUGUCCUGAGUGCGGGAAAUGUUUUUCACAGAAGUCCAGUCUUACCAUACAUCAGAGAUCUCACACUGGGGUGAAGCCGUAUUCCUGUCCUGAGUGUGGGAAAUGUUAUUCACAGAUGUCUCAUCUUUAUACACAUCAGAGAUCUCACACGGGGGAGAAGCCGUAUUCCUGUCCUGAGUGCGGAAAACAUUUUUCACGGAGGACGUAUGUAUAUGAACAUCAGAGAUCUCACACGGGGGAGAAGCCGUAUUCCUGUCCUGAGUGCGGAAAACGUUUUUCACGGAGGGCGUAUUUAUAUGAACAUCAGAAAUCUCACAUGGGGGAGAAGCCGUAUUCUUGCCCUGAGUGCGGGAAAUGUUUUUCACAGAAGUCCAAUCUUUACACACAUCAGAGAUCUCACACUGGGAAGAAGUCACUU